AUGGAGAUCCCAGAGAUCUUGUGGGGAAUGGAUCCUCUGUUCCAUGUUCCUCUACAGUUGAUGAUUUUUCAAGUCAAAGCUCUCCAGCGUGUGCAAGGGGUCUAUUACCAUCAUACUCAUGCUGUCAGGAAUGUAGAAAUCAUGGGGAUGAUACAAUUGGUGCAUCGUAGACCCAAGUUUAUCCUCUACAAUGUGGAUGAUGGAACUGGGGCUGUUCAAUGCAUAAUGUGGAUCCCUGACCAGUAUCAGAAUAUACAAGACACUGACAGAGUCCCUGCCCUUCACAUGCAUGAGCUGGGCCAAGUGAUCAGAGUAGUUGGUCAACCAAGUGAGUUUAAGGGGCAUAUCCAGGUUACCUUUCAUCCCGGGGAUGCUCAGAUCUGUACAGAUCCCAACGAUGAGACGAUAUUUAGGCUCAGAGUCCUAAACAUGGAGCGAUCUAUUUAUUCAAAACCAGUCAGGUUACCGGACGUUAUAUUAUCUAAAAUCGCUUACCAGGUACAAGAAUCAAGCUGUGAGGAGAGAUCUGAGCUUUCAUUCCUGGAAGAGAAACUUUUGAGGAGAGUUACAGAUUGGGUCUUGAAGCGUAUUGAGUUUUGCUAUCUUGAGCUUGAAGAUGAUGAGGACAAUAAUAAGUUGGCCCAUGAAGUUGUAAAAAUCAAGUACCCAGGGAUCCCAUCAAGAAAUCAACAAGAGCAGGCACACAAGAUGAUAAGGGACUGUUUGAAGCAGUUGAUAUCAGAGGGUGUACUUGAAUACAUAAGCAUAGAAAAAAUGAUACUUCAUGUAGUCAAGCCCAAGAAUGAAACAAUAGGGGACUCAAAAACUACUAAAAGCGCGGUAACAACAAAAGAGCAAAUGCCAGGGAUGGAUGGUGAGACGGCAAGAGGACUGAUUAACAAUCCGAUUGUACUGGAUGAAUCUGAGGACGAGUUUGAAAAGUCGAAGGACGCGUAA